AAAGAAAGAAAUAACCUAUGAAUCCAUUAAAACUUUAGCAAGAAAUUUGUAAACAAAACCUGUUUUUAUGAAUGGUUUGGUUGAAAUGUUUGAACGAAUAAUUUGUUAAUUGAUGCAUAGUAUGAUGUCAGGAUUAAUGAUAAGUUUAAAACAGUACCGUACACAAUUAAAUUUAUGUGAUAGCAAAAAUAUUAAAGAGAAUUUUGAUAACCCAAUUUUUUGAGAUUGGUAACAACACUUGAAAAUGUUGUGGUUACCUUGAAUAUUUCUGAUAAGAUAUACAAGUAAACCACUAUAUGUUUGUGUAAAAAUAUUUAACUUUGAAAAUAUUGUUCUAGUUUACCAGAAAGUUCCUUGACUCUAUGCUAUCUUUGUAUUAAAAUAAAAUUUAUCCUUCACCUCUGAUGAUUUAUUUACUGAUUUUGAGUUAUAGGGAGUGCAUGUAUAUUUUAUUUUCAACAGUUCUUAAGUUACAAAGCUAAAUAGAGACAGCUUUACUUGAACACAGUGAAGAAUGUCUUCUCAUAGUAACUCUGUUUUGUUGACAGUGGUGAUUUUUUCUGUGAAUGUUAUCAUUUACACUCUUAACUUGUCUACGAGUUCAGCUUUUGAUCAAGAUAAAGAGAAUACCUACAAUGGUUCUAGAGCAUCAGACACCCUCAAACUUUUGGUUGUUAUAUCACGACAUGGGAACAGAGGACCUCUAUUUGACCUUCCAUAUAGUCCGUACCCUGUUAAUGAUACCAAGUAUUGGCCUUAUGGUAUUGAACAAUUGACUGCAGUUGGACGUAAUCAAAUGUACAAAUUGGGUGUGAAAAUAUACUCUUUGUACAAUGGAUUCUUGAACCCAAUGUUUUAUGACAAGGAUAUUUAUGCUUCAAGUACUACAAAAAAUAGAGCACUCUUGAGUGGAGAAGCAUUCCUAGCUGGAUUGUAUCCUUCAGCAGGUUUCCAACCCAACAAGGAAUUACUCCAGCAGUCCGUAGUUAUACACCCCAACUCUCCAGAUAAGUCUCAGGUCAUGAUUGGCUGUCCCAUGUAUUUACAAGAGUUGGUGGCAGCAGCGAAAAGCUAUGUUACAGAUAAUUAUAGCAACUUGACUGUGGUUCUCAGUUACCUGUACGUCCAUGGAGUUACUGGCAGUAGUGUAACCUCAGUCAUGGAUUUAUAUGCGUCGUGGGACACAUUUACUACUACGAAAAGAGAGGGAUACAUCUUGCCAGAAUGGACGAAAGACGUUUAUCCUCAACCCAUGGAUGAUUUAAUUGGCAGACUAUACUAUUCAUAUUUUGCGUCAACUGACACUAUAAUCAGGCUUGUUAUGGGUUCUUUUUUAGACGAGGUGCUGUCUGUGAUGAAGUCUGUAGUGAAUGGAACACUGACUCCAGAUCGUAAGAUGUACUUCUACUCUGGACAUGAUAUCUCCCUUGUUACCCUCCAAGCCAUCUUGGGUAUACCUCAGACUUCCAUGAUCACCUUGGUGGCAUCUGGCUCUGGAAUGGUACUGGAACUCCAUCAGGAUCCAAGCACAGAAGAGUUUUCUAUUCAGGUACUCUACAUAGAUGGGAGCUCCCCAGACUUGAAACUUACUCCUCUGGUUAUACCUGGUUGUGGAUCCUCUUGUAGUUUUGACCAACUUCUCAACAUUACACAGAAGUUUAGAAAUGUUAGUUUUGAAAAGGAAUGCCAACAUAACAGUAGUUUAGAGAAAAAUACAAUUGAUACCAUUUACCACGGAUGACCUUGUUAAUCAAAUAAAUUAACUAAAUUUAUUUAUCUCUUUUCGACAUUAACACAAUAAUUUGUUUCAUCUUAAAAUGUCUUUUUAUAGUAAUACUGAAAUAUUUGUAACAAAUUCAUAUUUCUAUCUUCAACACUUGAAAGCAUUUCUUAGAAAAAACUUUUGUAGAACUCAAAUUCAAUUUCAGUAUAGCAUCUUAUAAACUAAAAUUAUUGAAACUUUUGAUUUUAAGUUGAUACAUUAAUGUCAAGUUCAUAUCCAGUAAUUACAUAGUUCUAUAACAGUAACUCUUUUGGAACAGAUAUUAUUAACCAAUUUUAAACUAUUUGUCUUUAAAAUUUAGUAAAUGAAAAUUAAUCCUAAAGUAUUAGUAGAAUGUUUUAUUUGCUGUGGGGAGAAAUUUGCUUUAAACAAAUUUUGGUUAAGUAAGGAGAUUGAAACUAGCCACUCACUAAAAACAUGUAAUGUAGUUCAUAAUGAAUUGCAGCCUGUCUAUCACUGAUAGAAAAAAUGUGACCAUAAAUUUCAAUAAUUUUUCAAGUAUGUGUUUUAUCUAUCAGCAUGUUCAAUUAUUCUUCAUUUAUUUCAAUAAUUCUAGAUUUCAAAGCAAAUUUCCCCAAAAAUAACAUUAGCAUGUUAUUAUGAUGUAAGAUUGGUGUUUGAGCAAGUGUCAUUCUUAUUCUUAGAUUAUUUGUUGUAGAGCCAAUAUAGUCUUUCAGGCAUUUUUACAUUAGAUUUGAUACACUAAGUUUUUUUAAUCAUAUGUCAAAUUUCCAAUAAUUUUGUAAACUUUUUUAUUUGAUGCUUUCGAAUUCUGAUGACUCUUCUGUUUGAUUACAAUACCAUGCAUCUUGAUUUAUUACAUGGAUGUGCUUCGUUAAAUUUAGUUUCCACAUCAGAAUAAGCUGGUAAUUUUGGUUUUGAUGUAAUGUCCUUAAAGAUAGGAAGCCUUUUACAAACAAUACGUGGAAUACUUUUCAAAAAAUGAGCCUGUCAGUGGAGAAUUUUGAAAAAUUAUGUAAGCUACUUUAAAAAUGUUUUUAAUUUUUUAGAGACCAGGAUGAUAUUGUGCUAUUAAUUUAGGUUACUUUCAUUGAGCUGUAGCUUUUGAUUCAUUAGCUUCUCAGGAUAUCCUCGUUUUAAAAACACAUGAUACAACAAUAAUUGUUAAGAUCUUCACUGUCACUUCAAAGUUUUUUUGCUCAUAUAACCAGACUUUUUGGAAUCGAUCUUUUUACAUAGACAGGGUGACAACUGUUGUAGAAAAAAAAUAUUAAAAAGUAUUAGUAGGUUUUACAUUAAUUUUGUGUUUCAAGUAACCUUCCUUGAUGUAAACGUCAAUAUCCAGAAAUGUCACUGACUGUUGAAAUUUUCCAAGUAAAUUUUUAAUUUUUAUUGAAGGAGUUCAAUGCGUUUAAGAAAUCUAAAAGUUUUUCAUUAUUUUCUGUCCAUAACUUAAAAAUGUUGUCUAUAUAUCUAGUCUUUUAUUUGAGAAUUUGGAAACUCUUGUUCAAAUUUCGCCAUAAACAGAUUUGCGUAUAAUGGAGCCAUUCGGGUACCCAUGGCUGUUCCUUUCUUUUGUAAAUAAAAUUUGUUUUAAAAUCAAAAACAAUUGGAAGACAGUAUAAAACUUUUGAGAGCAAUGAUGAAGUUAGAGCUUGGUUUUGAAUUAAAACAAUUUAAUCAAUUACCAAAAGGAGCAUGGAUUGUAAAUAUUAAUAGGUUUGAAAGAGUUGUAAGUAAAUGGCUUAAAGAAAAUGUGUUUUACUUUGUAAAUGAAUAUAUUGACUGUGAUAUUAGUUCCUUAAGUUUUAAAUUUUAUCUUGUUUGGUUUGAAUCAAUAUAUAAACUAAUUUUUGUUUGAUAGUUUUAUAGUUUUAAGAUUCUAAGUUUUAAACAUCUAAUUGACAUAUUUUAUAUUAUUAUUAUUGUUGCAUUGUUCGUUCGUUUAUUGUCUAUGUUUUUAUGUUUCUUGUACAAUUUGUGUUUUUUUUUUUUUUUUUAGCUUAUCAUAUAAUGCUUCCCAAAUUACUUUAUAUGAUUACUCUCCUAGUUAAGUUAGUAAUUUUGUAAGUUUUAUUGUCUUUUGUAAUGUUUCUAAUAAUUUAAAAAGAAAUCUAUGUGUUCCUUAGACUAUACUGCUGAAAUUUUGUUGAUUCAUUACUGCUUAAUAAUUUGACAAAGUCUAUUGUAUUUGUUAUGUUGCUUAGUGACUAAUAAAAACAUAUUGAAUCUAA